CAAAAACUUCAUACUGCAUUCAUUCCAGACAAAAAAAUUACGCUUCACUAAUGAAAGUGCCAAAAGCCUGGUUUUUUUUCCCUUUCUUGUUAAGCGUGGAAUCCUAGGUGCCUAGAACCGCUGUGUCCCUGCUUUUUGUAUCCUUCCCUUCCUUUCAUAAUGGGCGCUCCCAGCAAUGGUCUUGGCUUUUUCUCUUCUAGAACGGCCAUUUUUGGUGUAGGCUUGACAUUUACUCUAGUUCUCUUCACCAUCUUGACCCGACUGUUUUACAGUAAGUGCUUUUAUAAACGAUCGCUAAUUGUCGUAACAACCUUUUUCUUUUUUGGACUCAUCACUCACCGUGGCAAUCAUCAGCUCCCCAGGAUCCUACCCGAUGUCAAAGUAUGCUGAACUACGGAUGGUGGCUGGACGAUCGGUUUAGUGCCUGGCAACCAUCCGCUUGUAUGAUGCAUACAUAUCAACCCAAAGACACGGCCACUUGUCUUCAACACUCGCACAUAUUGUAUAUCGGCGAUUCCACAGUCAGACAGCAAUACUUUGCAUUGGCGAAAAUGAUGCGUCCUGACAUUGACCUGGAAGGCGAACGACACAGCGAUCGCCAUUUCACCUUAGAAGAACAUCAUCUCAAUCUGGAUUUCUGGUGGGAUCCUUACUUGAAUUCAUCCGCCACUAUUGACUUGCUCAAAGCACAAGGAUCCGAUCGUCGACCUAGUUUGCUUGUCAUGGGCACGGGCAUGUGGCAUAUGCGUUACCUGGGCAAGGAAUUUAUGGAAGAUUAUCGGGAUGCCAUUGAUCGCGUAUUUGACGCCGUGCAGCGAUCCAGCCGUGUAGCCGACGCUGUCAUGUUAGCUCCCGUAGAAAUGCCUCAGUUCGAUAUGCUUUCACCCGAACGACUACGAUUAAUUACCGAGGCCAAGAUCAAAAGAAUGAACGACUAUAUCUAUGAAAAGGAGCAACUCGCUUCUCCUCUUACCCCAUUUGCCGUCCCUUUUGUAUGGAAUCUGAUUACGACCGAAUCUACGAAUAUGACAGAGGAUGGCCUUCACUACUCGGAACCGGUGACGCAAAUGCAGGUUCAGAUGGCACUCAACUAUCGCUGUAAUGACCAUUUGCCCAAGGCGUUCCCCAUGGCCACCACCUGCUGUUCCAGCUAUCCUUUACCAAAAUGGUACCAAAACAUCUUUUUCCUGCUCUUUCUCCUGUGGGCUCCCAUCGGUUUCUAUGUUACCGAAUCAAAAGCCAUGGCCCAAUUCUUACGCCGUUGGUAUCCGUCCGAAUCUGUUCUGAAUGCUGUCUUUAUCUUUGGCCUGGGAGUGAUUUACAUGUAUUUUGGCGACCGAACCCACAUCUUUGCAAAGGCCCACAAACAUUUCGAUCCCUUUCAAUUUGGCAUUCUCAUGACAGCUGUGGCUGUGGCUGGGGUGGCGACACUGCGGAUCAAGAAGGAGAAGGAUAAAGGGUUCCUCAACCGAGAUCAAACCGAUGAGUGGAAAGGAUGGAUGCAGAUCAUCAUUCUCGUGUACCACUUUACUGGGGCUUCAGGGACGUCGGGAAUCUACAACGCGGUUCGAUGCCUUGUCGCAGCAUAUCUGUUCCAAACGGGUUACGGCCAUUUCUUCUUCUUUUACAAAAAGGCCGACUUUGGUCUGGCUCGCGUGCUCAAUGUGAUGGUACGGCUCAACAUGCUAACGUUUGUCCUUCAGUAUCUGAUGGAUACGGAUUAUCUGAGCUACUACUUUACCCCUUUGGUUUCAUUCUGGUUCUUUGUCAUUUGGAUCACCAUGUAUGUUUAUCACUCGGCGAAUCAACAUACCGGUUUUAUGCUGGCCAAGAUUGGUGUCGCUUCCAUUCUCACUGCGGCCUUGAUCCAUCUCCCGGGGGUACUCGAAACAGUCUUUGAUGUGUUGGAAUAUUUGUUCAACGUUCACUGGAAUGUUUCGGAAUGGCGGUUCCGGCUGGGUCUCGAUGCAUACAUUGUGUAUGUCGGUAUGCUGAGCGCUUUGGCGUAUAUCAAGUGUAUGGAGCAAAAGUGGACCGAACGCAGCAUGUGGCCCUUAGUCAAGAAGUCAGCCAUAGGAGGUUCGAUCGUUGUCAUGAUUUGGUACUUUUGGUUUGAGCAAUCGCGACCGAAUAAGCUGGUGUAUAAUCAGUAUCAUCCUUAUAUUUCGUGGCUACCGAUCCUUGCCUUUGUUAUACUACGAAACGCGACGGUUGGAUUACGCAAUACGUCGUCGCGGUUCUUCAUUUUCUUUGGCAAGAUUUCGUUGGAAACGUUUAUUGGUCAAUUUCACAUGUGGCUCGCUGGCGAUACCAAAGGAUUACUGGUGGUGCUGAUGAAUCCAGCAUGGAAUCGCGGGCUUGGCUGGUGGUUGAAUUUGACACUGUCGAGCCUCGUGUUUGUUUUCAUUUGUUAUUACCUCAGUCAAGCCACGGCGGAAUUAACGCAAUGGAUAUGCUCCAACACCAUUCCUCCCUCCCCAGGUUCACGUUCCCAGACCUCACCACCAUCGUCGUUGCAAGUGGGCGGAUAUCAGCCGGUUCCCCUGUUACCCACCAACAAUCAAGACACCAUCAAUCAGUCACCUCCCGAUACAGCCAUUUCACUUGACCAACUCAACGUACCAUCCCAAAAGUCCUCUUCCUCCUCACCCUCAUCCCACGAAACCACUGCUCUGGGCCCCGAAUCUUCCUCCAACGCCGAUGCAGAUGCACACCACCAAGCGCCACACAAACCAUCUCUGCUUAAACAAGUUUUCACGGAUGGUCGUGUCAAAGUGGGUUUAUUUAUUCUUUCUGUGGGUAUCCUGAAUCACUUCUGUUAGAGCCUUGAACGAAAAUUCCUUUUCUCUCUCCUCCAUGUAAUAAAGUAAUAACUACCAUCAAUUCCCUUUAUCAAAGAAUUCUUUACAUCUAAAUUAUCCAUCUGCUGUUACUUUACUUGGAGUUGAAUAGCGAAUAACGCUUACUGAGCCGUUCAUUUUUCAGGCAAGGAUUAUCGCCGCGCCAAAAAGCUUUUUUUUCCGGUCAUCAUGCUCAAAUUUUCCAAGCUUCGGCUGGUAGCGAGAAUCUCAUACACGGGGCACACAUGCUAGUGUAUUUUUUCCAGUAACCUUAAAAAGAAGGCCCUAGUGCUGUGACGCAGAGAAUAAAUUCAGGGUAAUACAAUUGGUUGAUUCAUGUCAUCAUAUAAAC